AUUAUCUAUGAACACCCUCCUUUGUUUUGUUCUCAAACCUUUCUUCUUCUUUUUUUGUUUUUUUUAUUUGGCCAAAGUUCUGAAAACUUUCAAGAGCCUUCUUGUCUCAGAAAGCAAAAGCACCUUUUCAAGUUUCUCUCCACAGCUACAAGAUAUGGCAAAGCAAACCAUGGUGCUGAAAGUGAAUAUGAGCAGUGAAAAAUACAGGACCAAAGCCAUGAAGAUUGUAGUAGGAGCAUCCGGAGUUAAGGGUGUGCGGUUGGAGAAAGAACAAGGGAAGCUUAUGGUGGAAGGAGAGGGAGUGGAUGUACUUGAGCUUGCCCGAACUCUGAAGAAGAAAGUAGGCAAAACUGAGAUCAUCAAAGUUUCUUAAUAAGUCUAAUCCCCUUUUUUUUUACACAACACUACCCUUAUAUCUAAUUAUUCCAAGUGGUUUUCUGGUUUCAUGAUGAUGUGUUCUUGUUGGGGCAACAUUUGACACGCUUUCUUUUCCAGUUUCUAGUUUAUGGAUAUAUUUCACUUGUUUGAAAAUCACUAGAUUUCAGUUUGCUAUCUGUUGUUGGAUGAACUCUGUUGCAUUAUGAAAGUUAUGAACAUUUUAU